UUGUGCCAUGUGAUUUGAAACGAUACGAUACGACACAAAUCAGGGAGCGGUUAGCGUGACUACCCUUUCAAGGGGGUUUGAUUUUUAACACCCCUCUUAGAUACCAUCCAUCUAAUCCAAUGGUAAGUAUUAAUCACCUGUUUUUUAUACAUUAAUUACAUAAUUAAUUUCUCUCACCACAUUGGAGAAGAGAAAGAAUAUGGGGAAAAACGAUUAUCACCCCCAAUUCGAAACCCUUUUCUUCUCCCCUUUUUUUCUCUCCCUUUCGUUUCCUCCUCUCUCCCUCGAUUCCCUCUUCCCCUGCUCGCCGUCGUUGCUUCUUCACCGUCACAGUCCAUAUCUACCUCCGGCUCUGUCCCGCAUCCUCCAUCGUGGCUAUGUCUUAGAUCGUGACUGUCGCUGUUCUCCGAGCAACGCCAAGCUUGUCGUAACUCUCCAUCUCCUUCCACAAGCUUGGCACUGUGAAGGGAUCGACGGAGAAGACAAUGAUCAUCCUCACCUUCCCGACAAAGAUGACGACCCGUCUCCCCUUCCUACACUGGCCAUCCUUCCCUUCCCGGCGACGACGACGACGAAGAAUCUGAGUCAGAGCAGUGAGUUCCUCGAGAAGUUGUGGAGCGGCGUCGGAUGCACGCUAGGAAAGACAAAUCGCACGGAGCAGGGAGUAGAGCACGUUCCGGACUACAAGCGAGAGCGAUUAGGGAGCUUGCAAAAUGGAGCAAUGACAAUGAAGAUAUUUAUGGUCCAACAACUCUUAAUGUCGAGUUUCAACGAAAUUUAAAGAGGCUUGAGGUGGAAAAAUAUAUUGUAUUCAUUUGGUUAAUCAAAUUGAUGAAGAAUUUAAUGGAUGCAUAUUUUGGGAACUUUAAUGGUAUUUGGUGCUCUAUUUUCACAUUAGUAGUAUCCUUCCCCCAAUUCUUAUAGUUUAGUGGCGUGUAGUGUAUUUCUCUCAUACAAAAUACAAAUGAAGUGGUACAUUAGAAGUGGCAAAUACGAGUUGGAGUGAGAACAAUACCAGUGCAAUGAUAUUUUUCAUAACAAUGAUAAACAAUAACGGAGCAACAAUGCAGUACCACUUCAAUGAUACAAAUACCAGUAAAUUCCCUCAGGUCAUACUCUCUGUGGUACAUGUAUCAUUUUAGUGAUACAUGUAUCAGUUCAGUGGUAUAUGUAUAAAUUCAGUGGUACAAGUACAUUAUAUCUAAUGUUGCAAUGGUAACGUUUGAACAUCGAUAUUUCAUCUAGAAAUUUGUCCCUCAACAAUUUUAAAACAAGUUUACAAACUUCAAUAUUGGUCCCGGAACAAUGUAUCACUAGACUGGUACAUAAAAACACAACAUUAAGGGUAAGCACUGUUACUCUUGUCAUGUCACUGAUAUAUGUUCAUUCAAACAAAUAUACUAGUUUACGACCGUAUUGACAACACCUAAUGCAAAGCAACUAGGUUGUUUACGCAGCUUCAAUAACCAGUGGUGUCCGUAUGGACCUUUUCAGGGGAAAAAUACCAUUGCAGUGGCAUUGUAUCACUUCAAUGAUACAAAAUACCAGUGCACUGGUAUAAUGUCGGGCGGGAGAAGUCGACGAGACAUGAAUACAGAUCCUUACUGAGAUUGUUUUGGUGUUCCUCGGCGUCUCUAAUGGGCUCCACUUUUACGACAACGCCACCAUCUUCCAUAUGCUCGACGUUAAUGAUUUCGGGCCGCGUGAAGUGAUGAAGUCGAUUUACACGUACCACUCCACUAGUACACGUACCACUCCACUGGUACACAUACCACUCCACUGGUGCGAGCAAUCCACCAGGUAGGUCAGAGGCGAUCCCAGGAUGGCGGCGGCUGGAGAUAGGAGGAUGGUGGUGGGGGAAGGCGCUAGAGGAGUACGACGGUUGGAGGGAUGGAGGCAACACAUGUGGAAGGCUUGGAUGAAGAGGGCGGAGAGGGGUGAUGGCGGUGGCAGUUGCGGGAGGAAGAGGAAGAUGAAAAGGGGGGAGGGUUUUGGUCGUUUCAGAGUAGAGGAGGGUUCUUAUUAAAAUGAAAUCAAAAUGGAAAGGGGGCCCAAAUGGAGAGAGAAGGAGACGAAAGGAAGAAAAAAAAAUGGCAAUUAAUUGCACAUUUGGGGGAUGCUUUUUUCUGAUUCCCCAAAUUCUUUCCCUUUCCAAUGUGGGUGAGAGAACCCAAAUUACAAGAUUAAAAAAAAAUAAAAAACCAGUUUAAUUAAUACUUGCCAAUGAUUGGAAAUAAAAUUGGCCAAUCAUAAAGGGGGUGUCAAAAAGCCAACCCUUUUAAGGGUAGGCAUACUAUCCGACCCCCACAAAUCAAGACUAGAGAUUCGAACCAAACCCCAUAUAUCUUCGAUAUGAUUUAAGAUAGGGUGCAUAACCUAAGGGUGCAUAAUUAUGAGUAACCAAAUCUGAACCCUUCUUUUAAGUGACUGCAAAUCUAAGGGUGGAGAAUAAAGAAUUUAUUUUGCC